GCAGAGGAGGCGGGAUUAAUGCAUCUCUGCCUGGGAGGCGAAACACUGGGCAGUAAAAUCCCAUCAACACCAACGAUAUUAGCAAACAUGGAGGCAUCAAGCUAGAGAGGCUAACCGGCCAACUAACAACCAGAGAGAGAGAUAUAACAGCUGUAUGAGGAGGGUUUAACGCUGCGGGUUGACAUGCUGUGACUGCUCGGUGUCCUCCAGCAGCAGCAGCGAUGUUGCCCUCAGCCAGCAGCCUGCUCAGGUCUGCUGUCAGGCUGCUGCCAGCACGAGCCUGGAGUCCAGGAUGCGUCCGGUGCUCGUGCAGAAACAUUUCUGUGAAACCAGGAGGUCUGAAACCAAAGACGGUUCCAGCUCGGUACCUGGGCCAGCCCAGCCCUUUCACCCAUCCACACCUCAUCAAACAUGGUGAAGUGACCCCAGGCUUGAGCCAGACAGAGUACGAGCUCCGCAGACACAGGCUGGCCUCAUUCAUCGAGGCCCAGUCAGACAGACUGGGACCCUCUGCCUCCUCUAGCACCCAUGUGGUCAUUGUGUUGUCCCAUCCGACCCGCUACAUGACCAAUGACAUCCCUUAUCCCUUCCACCAGAACCAGGAUUUCCUCUACCUCAGUGGCAUCCUAGAGCCGGACAGUGCCCUGGUUCUGUAUGGGAAAGGACGACCAGACCAGGCCAUCUUGUUCGUCCCCCGCAGAGACCCGGGGAGGGAGCUGUGGGACGGGCCCCGGUCGGGGAAGGAUGGGGCGGCUGCUUUGACCGGCAUAGAGAGAGUUCAUAGCACAGAAGAACUGGGUCUUGUACUCAAGAGCCUUAAAGGCACUGUGCUGUGGUACGACAGUUCUCAGCCCGCCCACCCUCGGCUCCACCAGGCUCACGUGGGUCCCGUGCUGGAGGCGGGGCCGAUGCCGCACACUCUCCGGCCCCUCAUACACUCUCUUAGGGCCCUCAAGAGCUCAGCAGAGGUGGCGCUCAUGCAAGAAGCAGGUCACAUCUCAGCACAGGCUUUUAGGAGGACGAUGGCUCUGUCUCAAGGAGACGUGGAUGAAGCUGUGCUCUUUGCCAAGUUUGAUUUUGAGAAUCGGAUCCAUGGCGCUAACUUCCUGGCCUACCCCCCUGUUGUUGCUGGAGGGAAUCGAGCCAAUACUCUGCACUACAUAAACAACAACCAGAUUAUCAAGGAUGGUGAAAUGGUGCUGCUUGAUGGUGGUUGUGAAUACUAUGGUUACGUCAGUGAUAUUACUCGAACAUGGCCAGUGAAUGGAAAAUUCAGCCCUGCCCAGGCUGAGCUGUACGAGGCCAUCCUGGAGGUCCAGCGCUCCUGUUUGUCUCUUUGCUCUCCGGGCGUCAGUCUGGAUCACAUCUACAGCACCAUGCUGGCUCUGUUGGGACGGCAGCUCAGGCGGCUAGGCAUCGUCAAGGCCAGCGCGAGUGAUGCUGAUCUACUAAAGGCUGCACGACGGUACUGCCCCCACCACGUUGGGCAUUACCUGGGCAUGGACGUCCACGACACUCCUGAGCUGUCCCGCUCACAACCUCUACAGCCAGGAAUGGCCAUCACUAUAGAACCAGGCUUGUACAUCCCUGAGGACAAUGACCAGGUGCCAGAGCGUUUCCGCGGCCUGGGCAUCAGGAUUGAGGAUGAUGUGGUGAUCCGAGACAAGGGAGGCCCUCUGAUUCUGUCCUCUAAUGCACCAAAGACCAUCGCUGAUGUAGAGAAGGCCUGUGCCCAGAGAUAGGGCAGGGAACGACAGACAAGUGAACCACAGCAUCGAUGGCAGGCAGUGCUUUUCCAACCGUCCCCAUGGUGAUGACAUCAUCAGGCUCCAGGGCCCAGGUACAUGAAAGGUGGGAGCACACUGUAAGACUCUGGUUUUAGUCUCAGCGAGGCCUCAAACAUGUAGAAAUCUGGUGUGGAAGAUCCUAGAUUUCUUUGUCUACCUAAAUGUUUAAAGAAACCGGAUUCAUGUUUGCAGUCUUCAACAGUGAAUGAUUUAUGAAGAGCUCUUCAACAGUAAAGGGUGGGUGUAGUUGUGUUGUGUUAAGAGGUUACGGUGUAGCUUUGCAGUCCUUGCACGUAUACUGCACCGUAACUGAUGUAUUCCUCCUCAAAAAUGUAUUUACACGUCAGGGCUACAGCAAAACCAAUCUUGAUCAUGUAUAAUACAUCCAUCUAGUGUUGUGAUGGUGCUAUCAGCGGUUGAAGUCCGACACUGAACUAUAAAUAAGACCUAUAGGAACAACAGUUAACCUCUUGCAUCAAGUAUUCAGCUGAAGAACGAUUGGUUAGACAACAACAGCCAUGGAAGCAUUUUCAUUCUUGAAACCCAUUCGCAUGUUUUUCAGAAUCGCCAUCAUCAUGGCACAUCAGGAUAUACUGUAACUGUUUGUUUGUUGUCUCACUCAAAAAACUUUUUUUUAACCGUACAUAGGCCCUGUUCACACCUGGCAUUAGAAUGCGUCUCCACAUGCGUCUUGAGUGACCACUUGUUAUCUGAUCUCACCUCCCCGUUCUAUAUG